CCUGGGUGUCAGUGCCAGUGGAUCACCGACCCCCAUUCGCUCUCGUCGAACUUCAAAGCUCUCCCAAAAGAAAUCCCUCAAAAAAUCCCUCGAAAUUUCUGCCCCAGUGAAAUGUCAGUGUCACCCCUCGGCCCCCCCUCGCCGCCAGUGUCGCCCCUCACCCUCUCACCGCCCCCAGCUUACUAAACCCCCAGUAUCCCUCCACCUUAUAGGUUAACCCAACAAUAAUAAAACCCCAAUCCCCGAGCAAUGGACUACUCAACAGCAGUGGAGGACGCAGUCCGUCGUUUCUACUCAGCAGGUGCGAACGACGCGCACCUCUGGCUGCUGCAGUUCCAGGCCUCCCACGAGGCCUGGACGCACGUCUGGCCGCUCCUGGAGCCCUCGCGCCCCUGGGAGGUUCAGUUUUUCGCAGCAACAACGCUCCACGCAAAAAUCUCCAAACAAUGGAACGAAGUGCCAGUCUCCGAUUACAACGACCUGAGAAAUCGCAUUCUGAGUUUGAUGAAGAACUCAACAACAUCGAAGCUGGUGUUGGCUCGAUUGUGCCAGGCACUGGCGGCAUUUCUGGCCAGCAGUGACGGCCUCGAGGGGAAGAACGAGAACGAGGGGAUGAUAGACGACCUCAUCCAGAUGUUUCCCUACAACUCCCAGGACACCCUGGACCUGCUCCUGAGGGUGCUGAUAGCAUUGCCACGAGAAUUCGAGAGGAGAUGUGGCCUCAAGAGGCCGAAGCUGAGGGACACCCUGAUCGCCAGCUGGUGCAAGACCUCCUGGCUCCUGCAACAGGUCUUCUCCACGUACGAGAGGACUCUCUCCCAGUCCUCGGAUGACUCCAUCUACCUCUUGUCCAUUGAGUGCGCCCUGGCUUGGCUCAAGCUUGGGCAACUGCCUGUCGACAGUCUCGUGGAGCUGUAUCCGCACUUCGUGGCUGCUGCCUCCCACUAUGUCCCCACGACUGAGGACGCCAUCGAGGAUGCCAGGGGCUGGGAGCUCGUCCAAGAGUGGCUCAUCAUUGCUAUCUCUCAUUCGGAACUGCCGAAACGGCCGCAGUUGCUUUGGGAGUGGGCCAGGGGACUCGUCACUGUUGCUGAGCAGAAGGGGGGCAUUCAGUUCUCAGAGCUGCUCACUUCUCUCGGGGAUACUCAUAGUCGGUUCGUUUUGCUGUCGCUUACUGAGGAUGACGAUGAUGGACACAGGUGGACUUCAGAGACCUUGAUCAAGAUGCUGUUGGAGUGCUCUGAACUACCCGGACGGUAUCCUAUUGAGGAGAGGAAGAGCUGCAUUCCCUUUGGUUUUUGGUACUCCCUCCAGGACACGGUGACGACGCUGGACCCCCCAAUAGAAGACCGAGCGCGUAACGCCCUGAAACCAAUCUACGCGCGGCUAGUUCAAGCAUUACUGCGCAAAGCAACUCUCCCCUCGUGCCCCGACGAGGCAGGCGACGCCGACGAGCGUGAGCUCCUGCGAUGCUACCGCCAGGACGCAGCGGACACCCUCACCUACUGCUACAACAUCCUCGGCCACGAGUUGCUGAUCCUCCUGGGGCGAAGAUUGACGCGACCUGACAUCGACAAUCAGAAGUGGACGGACGUGGAGUCGACCCUCCACGCAUUCCAAGCCCUCUGCGACAGCGUGGGAACGCAGGAGACCGAGUACGUCCCAGCGCUGAUAGACCUAGUCCUCCUGCACAUACCCUACCAGAACUACCCUAGGGAGGUACUGGCGAGUGCCUGCUCGACCAUCGGAGCCUACGCCGAGUGGAUCGGGGAGAAUCCGGACCCCUGGCUGGAGAGGUCUCUGCAGCUGGUGACCCUAGGGCUGACCCAGGGCUCCGUCGCCUCGACCCCUGCCUCCAUGGCCCUGAAGGACAUCUCCAGGGAGGGGGGCCCCCACCUGGCCCCUCUGGCCCCCUCCAUCCUGGAGACCAUCUCAAGGACACUUCCUGUAGUGCCCCCAGGCGGGGGCGAGGGCCUCAGGCUCAUGUAUGCAGCUGGCAAACUCCUCAAUUCCCUCUCAACCACUGAGGAACAGCUGAAGUACCUCGACGCCACUCUCGGCCUCUGCGUCGUUAGACUCCAGGAGUUCCUCAGGCAUCCCCUCAACACUGGGAGAAUCGCUGUUGCCAAUCAGCUCAAGAUGAUCACGAUGUUCCUGUCGACUCUGGAGGGCGCCAUUGGCAAGUCUGUUCUCGAUGGACUCGUGCCCAUUUUCAAUCAGAUCGUUGGCCAUGCCGAGUGGGGACAGGAUGAUCUCAUUCUCGAGGCCAUGCACACCUGUGCACAGAAGUCUCUGCAGUGUCUUCUGCAUCCGGAGAGUGAGGCCAGGCCUCUGCUUCCUAUUCUUGUGAAUUCGUACAAGGUCAGGCCACAUCCUGCUGCGCUGGGAUUGCUCAGGCAGAUGGUGCUCCUCUGCGGGGGCGAUGUGAAGAAUGGGAUUGGAACGAUCUUUGGGGAGAUCAGUGGGCACAGCUUGAGGGGGUUCAAGGCUUGCGAGGCCGCCGGGGGGAAUCUCUCGGAGUUGUCGGACUUGCUGGAGUCCUAUUUGGGACUGCUGGCGCAGGUCUGCAAGAAGACACCUAUGCUCAUGCUGCAGGUGCCGGAACAGGUGCCUGAUAUGCUUCGAUGUGGCAUUAGUGGAUUAGGAUUACCAGAGAACGGAGUUAUCAAAGCAGCAGGAACGUUUCUAUCUCACGCUGUAAACAGCAGACAUUUGAAUUCAUUUGUAUCAAUGGUUGGACAGGAGCUCGUCUGCAUGAUUUUACAUUGUGUCGGUGGAAGGAUACCAAAAACGAAUCUAGAGUCUCACGCACGUGUUCUGUUGACCCUGAACAGUAGUUUUGGGGAGCUCACUGGACAAUGGCUGAGACUGGCUGUCGAGGAUUCAACAGCACUGACGACACCAGGACAGAAGGAGGAUUUCACGAGAAAUGUUCUUAGGGAACGAAACAACAAACGAUUAUUCGAGACACUCCAGAAAUUCAGCUUGCAGUGUCAAAAGCCUGUGAUAGGAUUGUAGAUAAUACCUAGAGUUAAUUUUUUUAGUCUUAUGAAAUCGAGAGAUUAGGAUACGCUUGUCCGCUUUGCAUGAUACUACCGAGGAAAUUAUUCUUCUCUACUCAUCAAGUUUUUAAAUCUCAAUUAACAAUUUAAAGACGUCAAGCAACUAUUUUCAAUAGGAAUUUUUGUAAAUUGUCUCUUCCAUUACUUUCUCAAUUUCCUCGAGAUUAGGGGAGUGAAUUGUCACAUUGAAAAGGUCUUAUCGACAUUCAGAUGCAAUUUAGGGAUUCGAUGAAGUGUUUAAAUGAUGUCUGUCUCGAUAUUUCACUCAACUGCUGUAAAAUGCAUCAAUUAAUGAGUAAAAAUGAUGACCAACGUUUUAUGUUGGAUCUGCUUCUUUAAGGUUUUCAUUAAUAAAUCUGUCGAUGCUGAAGAAUUUUUGAUAAUUAAUUUUUCCUUUUCUAAUCGUUGCUGAUGUAUCAAUAGCACGAAGGGUCUGACAAUAAAUUUGAUUUGAGGACAAUUACGUCCAUGAGAAAUUGAAUUUAAUAUCUGACAGUGUGGGCUGUGUUCUGAAAUGAGAGAAACGAAGAAACAAUAUAAAUAGUAUUUAGAAAAAUUGUACUUUGUGAUUAUUUAUUCAUGUUCUAUUCAAAUGUAUUUCACUGAUUCUACAAAAUGAAAUGAGAAAGCAUA